AUGGACGGUGCAUCGCUUCCAAAACGCCAAAAGCUCGCCUCGAUUCUGGAGAAUAAAUUCCGGUGUAUGAUUUCGGCGGAUGUCAAGCAAGAAUCCGAAGAAGACCUUCCCUCAACCUCACCCAGCCCUCCAUCGCUUGAAGAUAGAUUAAGCCCGGUCGUCUCUGCCAACCCCUCAACUUCUCAAGCCAACCAUCCUACCCUCUCUUCCCUGUUGUCUGCCCCUUUAAAAGCGCAACAACAACAACAACAAGCUCCAAACAAGCCGCAAGCCGCUCAACAAGGGCCUGGAGAAGAGGCCUUCAAACUCUACGCUCAGUGCACGAGCUGUCGAAUCUACAUGCCAGAUCAGAACGCUUUUAUCCAGCAUGUUUUGCUGCAUUACCCCGCCCAGUUCAGGAUUUUGGGAAGCAAGAGAGAAGCCCCAUCAAGCCCGAAAAUCCAAAAACCUCUUUCUGUCAAGCCGAAAAUCCCGGAAAUCGAGAGCGCAGACCCUAAGAAGCAUUCGAUGUUGAGGAGUUUGUUGGGAGCGUCAACCUCUCAAACCACCACCGCAACUCACAGCCCACGACUCCAUGGCAAUUUGACCCCAAAAUCGGAAGCGAGUAACCCCCCAAAACCGACUACAGCCUGUGGAAUCUGCGGUGAGAUCUUCCCGAAUGUCGACAUUUUGCUGGCGCAUAACCGGGAGUGUACGCCGAUGAGAAAGCUCCUUUCGAUCAAUAAUGCCGUUGUUGUGGAAGCCGCGAAAAGUUUACACCAAGCCCAGCAGGCAUCUAUUUUGGACCAGAAAAGCCGUCUUCCCCACGCGCUACGUUCCGCAAACUUCAGCAACGCCAAGGAACUCUCCACCCUCCUCCAGGCCUACAAUUUGACAAGAACGGCCAUGAAUAGAAAU